CAACCAAGUUAAAUAAUGAAGGGUUGCUGUGAAGGAAAAAAAACAAAGUUGGAUUUAAAGGCACCUGAUACGAGCAAGAGAGACCAAGCACUCGGUUUUGAAAUAGUAAAUGGCAGAGAAAAUGACAGCACCUGGCAAGGAAGAGAAAGUAUGGAGUGAAAGCAAGAAAAUGGAAGGACGGGAUAGUUGGAGGACUCUAGAAUGCCUGAGAGGAAGAUUGCUUGCAGAGAGACAAGCUUCAAAGAUUGCUAAAGAGGAGGCAGAACUCAUGGGCAACAAGUUAAUAGAGCUAGAGAACAAACUCAGAGAAGAAACCAGAUUAAGGAAAAAAGCUGAGAAGAAGCAUAAACUCUUGAUGAAGAAGCUCGAGUCUUUGAAAAUCUCACCUACAUUAGAGGGAUCAGAGAAGUCAAGUUUAUCUGACAAUAGUGGAUUUUCUAGCACAUCAUCCACAAGUACUUCAGGCCACAAAGACCCUGAAGAAUCUGAAUCCAAGCCCCAAAGCACAAUCCAAGCACUCUCACUAGAUAUGAAAGACAAUGGCUCCGAAACAACUACAUCCAAUCAAAAUGCGUGUAUUGUUUUGGAUUCCAUUCAAGAGAGUACUGGCACUCAAGAUACUCAAAAUUCAAAUUCUGAACAUAACCUCAAAGACUAUUCCUUGGAUAAAUCUAGCCAUGAAUCCAUGGCAUGUUCCCAAGAUUCAAAAGCUGAUGACCUAAGUUCUUCGAGCAUCAAAGCUUCAGUGGUGGAGAUGGAGACAAAUGCAGGAAUUGAGAGUGAUAACGAGGACUAUGUGGAUGAUUCUUUGGCAUUAGUCCCCAUGAGUUUUCCAGCAUCUACCAAGAAAAAUGAGUUGAGGAUAGUUAAAAGAAGUGUUAUUGAAGUUCUUGAUGCCCUAAGGCAUGCCAGGGAGCAGAUACAAAGCUCAAUGGAGAGCCGACACAUGAUUAGAGUUGGCCCAUCUUGAAUGCAUGUUUGUUAAAUGCAAGUGAUGUGAGUUGUAUAGAUAACAACAUAUUUAGCUGAAAGCCACAUUAGGAUGGGCCUCUAUGUUCUUUUUGCAUGGAAGCAAGAAAUGGCCAAGCAUGACGAGGAGGGUAGAGUACUGGCUGGCCUAAUUAGUAUCGCCGCAUUGAUCAUAGGGUUGAAUGGGCAAUAAAGUUUUAUGAUAUUGAACAUCGAAGAAAGCAUGUGAUGUGGGGAAUCAUCAAGGAUGUGCUGUCCAGUUGAUGCUGGACCUGGUGAUGAUGGUCAUAUUCUUUCUUGUUUUCAUUCUGCUUUUUGAGUUUGAUUAGACUUUGACGGUUGAAUGCGGUCACUUUUUGGUUGA